AGACUACCAGCAUAACUUUGAAAAAAAAAAAAAAAUUCUCUCUCCAUUGCCGUUGACUGAUUCCUUCUUCUAAAAUCAUCAUCAUCAUCAUCCCCCUCUUUCACCUUUUUCUUUUACAAGCCAAUAAAUAUACGGCCAGCAGUCUUUCGUUUCCCCUAACAGUUUUUCAAGUCUUUUUUUUUUCUCCAGACAGCAACAGCGCAAAAAAAAAAAAAAAAAAAAAGGAAUCAUGAGUGACCUUCAUUACUCCAUGGCUGCUUGCACCACCUUCCAUAACUCUUCCCUCGGUUGGGAUCUUCAAAACCUUGGAGUUUUCAACGCAGACAUGUCUCUUGUCAUGGAUGAAGAUCCAUUAUCACCAUUCAUGGCUUCCCCUCUGGGAUCUGAUAUCUCAACUGGAUAUUUGGAAGAUGCAUUGCUUGAGUUCAGUGAGACGUCCAAACGACGUCGCUUGCUCAUUUCCGGCGACCCUGAAAGCAACCAAUUCAAUCAUCUCGCAAAGAGCUACUGGAAUUCUAACUGCAACUGGGACCUGGAUGAGGAGAAUAUCAGCUGGAUGAACCAAAUUUCUGGUGGUGAUGGGUUUUCAGAUGAACCCAGAAGCACAUCAAUGAGUGAAGAAGAGAAUAUGAACGUUCCCGAUGAGAUAAAAACGGCAGAGGUGGAAGCAAUCUCAGCCGUUGAAACUGUUGACUCAUCAUCUUCUUCUUACAAACAUUAUAGCUCAGACACCCUUCCUACCAAGUUUCCCUUAUCUUCUUCCUCCUCUUCAGGGAUAGGGUUGAUGGGUAUGAGGAAUGUUGGUAGUGAUGAGAUGAUGAAGAUGAGAAAGAAGAGGGUGAUAAGAAAGGUGGUGUAUCCAUUUGCAUUGGUGAAACCAGGAGGGGAUGAAGGAGACAUGACGUUGAAGGAGAUAAACGAGAGAAUACUAAUGCCGCCGACGAGACCAGUGAAGCAUCCAGUGGGAGAUUUUGCUUGCCGGCCAUGCGUAUCUGCUCAUGGUCGUGGUCUUUCCGGCAAAGCGGUCGUCGCUCUUACCAGAAUCCAUACUCAAGGCAGAGGCACUAUCACCAUCAUCAGAACCAAAGGCUAAUUAAUUAUAUUUAGCAUAUAAUCUAUAUUAUAUAUAUAUAUAUAUGUUUUUCUCUUGUUAAUUUGAACUGUGCAUAUAUAGUUUAUAGAUAGUGGGAGCAUAUCGUGUAUAUAUUAUUACUAGUAUUAUAUAUUAUAUUUCAUAUAGCUGUUAAUUACAGUUUAGCUAGCUAGUUUCAUUAUUAUAAUGUAGCGUUAAAUAUUGGGUGCUA